AUGGCGUGGCGUCCAAUUCUCCUAACAGCUUUCAUGCCAUGGCUGGCUAGGUCUGCCCCCAGUGCUAGCCAUGAUGCUUGGUCGGCUUUCAAUGCUUCGGUCAACGGCCGCUUGGAAAGAGAUGUACCCUUUGCACUGCCGUGCUUCAGCAUUUACAAUGGAAUGCCGCACACGGCGGACGAGGCCCUCUGCUCCCAGAUUCGAGAGAACUAUACGGAUCCUAGCUUUCGCAUCCAAUCUACGGCCGGAUACAUGAACGGGCAGGACGAGGUUUGCCUGUCAGAGCCAGCGGACCAGUGCCUUCUGGACAGCACCGUGAGCCCAGCUGCUCUGCCCCCUGGCAACAGCUCCUGCAACCAAGGCAGUGUCCCAUCGUACUACAUGGCAGUGCAGGGGGCCUCCGACGUGACCAAGGCUUUCGACUUCGCAAGGAAGUACAACAUCUCCCUAUCCAUCAAGAACAGCGGCCAUGACUACAUGACGCGCAAUAGCCAAAAGGGCUCCCUUGCUCUGUGGAUGCAUGGCCUCCAGGAUAUGAGCCAUAACGUCUCCUUCACGCCCGAGGGCUGUGACAGCGACCAGCACACCUACGCCGCUGUCAUGACCCUCGGCGCGGGCGUCACCGCCAACACCGCGACCAACUUCGCGACAGCCCACAAUGCCACUAUCCUCGUGCCCGCGUCCUCGACCGUCGGCAUCUCGGGCGGAUUCGUCCUCGGCGGCGGGCGCGGCGUCCUGAGCCCCGUGUAUGGCCUCGCGAUCGACAGGGUGGUGCAGUUCCGCGUCGUCACGCCCGACGGCGUGGCGCGCACCGCCAACGCGUGUCAGAAUCAGGACCUGUUCUGGGCGCUUCGCGGCGGCGGCGGCGGCACCUUCGGCGUGGUGCUCGAAUCCACGUCGCGCGUCGAGCCGGCGCCGAUGCCCAUCGCCGUCGCGCACCUGAAGCUGCCGACCAACCUGACGGUUGACACCGCCAUUGAGUGGAUCGGCGUCGUGGCGGAGGACUCCCUCCCCUGGGCACGGCAGGGGUGGGGCGGGCACUUUGCUGCGUCGUACCUGACAUAUAUGAAUCCGCUGCCGCGGUUUGCGAACCUGAGCGAUGGGGGAGCGUAUGCGGCUGAGUCAAUGCGGACUGCUUCUGAAUAUGUUACCUCCCUCGGCGGGACGAGCGUUGUGGAAGUGAUGCCAAGCUGGGCUGACGUCUGGGUCAAGUAUAGCAAGUCCGAGGAACGACCUUCGGGCGAGUUGCUCAUCCUAAGCGGUCGGCUCAUACCAAAAGCUCUGUUCGAGACAGGAAAGAUAAAGGACGGCAUAAAAGGUUUCUUGAGACAAGCGAAGCAGUACGGCUUUAAUCCGCUGAGUUUCUAUGUGCCGGCAGAUCUGCCGUUCACGGUCGAGGGCAGCAGGGAUGGCUACGAUACCAACACUUCCACUAAUCCAGGCUGGUACGACGCGCUGUGGAACCUCGCGGCUGGCUUGUCUAUUCCCGCAAACAGCUCCUACGCGACGCGGUUAGAAGUUUUAGUGAACGUGACGAAGAUAUUACAGCUGGGGCAAGACUUGGCCGGCCCCGGUAGCGCAUCGUAUCUUCAUGAGUCUAGCCCUUUCACAGACGACUGGAAGGAUGCGUGGUGGGGACCAAACUACCCACGCCUGGUAGAGAUCAAGAAAAAGUACGAUCCUGAAAUGCUGCUGAAGUGUUGGAAGUGUGUUGGGUUUGAGGAUGCUGACAUUGAGAGCCCGAGGUAUAGAUGCCAGGGCAAGCUACAGGGUGAUAUUGAUCGGGCCAUCUCAUGA